AUGUCUUCCGCCGACGGGAACACCAUACAUUAUCCGCCCUCGUCACAGGCGCUUCUCGGCUCCAACAGCGCCAUUGCGCCGGUGGGAGUGCCUCCUGGCGUUGCGCCGGGCCUCAUAAAUAAGUCGUUUUCCUCGCCCCACACGUCGCCUCCAACCAACGCGGCCACGCAGGCGCCAGGAAUGCCGGCUGCCAAUAUCCUCAAGAUCUCCAACUUGCCCUCGGAUAUUUCUGUCCGCGAGGCCCAUCUCAUAUUCGCACUCGUCAACGAUGAUAUUCUCAGCAUUGAUCUCUCCGAUGGCGUCAUCUCCGCCUACUUCAAGACGCUAGCCACCUGUGUGACCACCGGCAAGCUUCUAGAUGGCAAAUUCAUUUUCGGCAUCAAAUACCCCGCCAUCCAGGUGGACUUUGACAACAACAUGGGCAUCACCAGCGCCAACUCUGCAUUUGAAAACCUACGUUUAUCUACAUCCGCCAUCUCUCCAUCAUCCUCGCAUCAGCUCGCUGGCCAGCAGCAACAACAACAGCAGCAGCAGCAACAGCAAACCCUUCUGCAUCUGCAGCCUGUGUCUUCUACAGCCAACCCAGGCUUCGAUAACUUCCAAAAGCGUGCUUCGGUGGGUUCGCAAAGACUGCGCUUUCUUUUCAGCGAUCCUUUUGCGGGCGCCAAUGCUGCCACUGCAACCCCACAUAACUCCAUAUCUGCCGCUCCUGGCUCCAUUGUUCUUGGUGACCUUACAAGCAAAUCCUUCAUGAUGAUGAACUCGCAACCUGAGUCGAGAGACUACGACGGUUUGCCCCGUGACCCAUGGGGCACCCUGAACCUGGCUUUCACUUCAAACCCACAAACUCCGGGUCUUUCAUACGUCGCCAAUAGCUUCGAUUGGGGCAAUAAUGCUCCGCCAAGCGCAGGUGGAAGCGCCCUGAGUCAAAAUGUUCUGGGACAACCACAAAUCCAGCCACAAGCCCCACCAGUGCAAUCACAAGCUUCCCUUGGUGGUCAACAUAAUUUGAACUCUUCGCCACCAAAUCUUUCUCAGAUUCCUCUCAACCAAGCCGCUGCAAGCGCUGCAGCCAAUGAAAGAAGAAGAACAUCUGCAUUUUUCAACGGCGGCCAAAGUACAUCCGUCCCAAUUUCAUCUGGACAGGCUCAGACCCAAAUGGCACCUCUUUCAUCAGGCGCUCCUGGUCUUAAUCAAGCUACAUCACAACCUAAACAGCCUGUGUCCAUGCCCGCCCCAAACAGUGUUCCAAGAAACGGUUCCGCACAAGGACUCCUGGGUAAUUCUCUUCAACCUACAAACCAACAUAAUCCCGAUUCUUCAUCCUCAUCUGCACCAGCUCAGAGACAGAGCCUGAAGGAUGUUCCUGAUUUGUCAUUAUUAGCCAAGGUGCCUCCGCCAGCAAACCCUGCCGACCAGAACCCUCCUUGUAACACAUUGUAUGUGGGAAACCUCCCCCCUGAUGCUACUGAGGCUGAGCUUCGUGCAUUGUUCUCUCCACAAAAAGGAUUCAGAAGAUUGUCGUUCCGAACCAAAAACCAAUCAUCUGGCGCAAGCGGCAGCACCUCUGGACACAACCAUGGACCCAUGUGCUUUGUUGAGUUUGAUGAUGUUCUUUUGGCAACAGAAGCUUUGGCCGAUUUAUACGGAAGCGCCUUGCCAAGAACUAAUGGCGGAUCAAGCAAAGGUGGAAUCAGAUUGUCUUUCUCCAAGAAUCCAUUGGGUGUAAGAGGUCCAGGAAACCCCAGACGCACUUCCACUAAUCAGCUCAAUACAUCAAAUGGAAGCACAAACAACGGUGUCGGAAACUAUGGGUACCUGAGCUACCGGUGA